AACGGCCCGAGCUGGCAAACAUCCUUAAAAUUAAAGCCGAGCUUUUCGUUCCUUGGUGUUAUUGCAAGCUGCCUUUAUAAUUCGGCUAUCAACAUGAUUAAGUUGUUUUCUCUAAAGCAACAGAAGAGAGACGAAACAGGACAGUCCCCCUCAAGCUCGAAAAGGCUGUCGGCUGCUCAGCUCAGAGUAACAAAAGAUAUCAAUGAGCUAAACCUUCCGAAGACGUGCCAGACGGAGUUUCCUGACCCCGACGACCUGCUCAACUUCAAGCUGAUCAUAUGCCCUGACGAGGGCUAUUAUAGGGGAGGCCGCUUCGUGUUCAGCUUCAAGGUGGGCCCCAGCUACCCCCACGAGCCUCCGAAAGUGAAAUGUGAUACAAUGGUUUACCAUCCUAACAUUGACCUGGAGGGCAACGUCUGCCUCAACAUUCUGCGAGAGGACUGGAAGCCGGUGCUCACCGUGAACUCCAUAGUGUACGGACUACAGUACCUGUUUCUGGAGCCAAACCCAGAGGACCCUCUUAACAAAGAGGCAGCCGAGGUACUGCAACACAACCGGCGGCAGUUUGAGCAGAACGUCAACAAGUCAUUACGCGGCGGCUACGUCGGCACGGUGUACUUCGAAACGCUGCGCCAAAUAGACCGCCGGUGGCGCCGCCGCUCAGCGGCCGCACGUGAUACAGACUGCUGA